AUGGAUCCGUUAUCUUUUGCCAGUACUGCCAUAUCAGCCUUAGAGGUAUACACACGCGUUCUUCGAUACGCACAAGAUUUGUACACUGAGACGCGAGGGAGUGACUGGGUCGCCCUCUUGGGUCGGCACAUUGUCAUUUUUGACCUGAAAGCUGGUUCUCAUAAUCCUCCAGACAUUCUUUUAGAGGGCAACGCGCACACUGCCGAGAAGCUGUCAAAUCUGCCAGGCCAGACUGAUGCGACUUGUCGGGUGUAUAUAGUGCAUGAAGCUGAUGAGGACGAGGUGUUUAAAGAGUACUUCGAGCAGUUGUUACGUUUGCCCUUCAAUAUCUUCAAUCGCAGCAUAUCCAACUCCGUUACAUCGCCGCUCAAUCGACGUCUGAAAGGCGACCAGAUGCCGUGGUGGCAGGAAGGUAUAAGUACUUUUGGGUCGGGAGCGAAUCAUGAGGGGCUCUUUGAGGGUGUCGUGCAAUGCUCCGCGAAUGGUCCAUACCGAUCCGUGUGGUACCGAAUGAUAUUACUCCGCAUAUGCUAUGCGGUUCUCAUUGGCAAUGCAGACUUUCUGCGGGCAACGAAAAAUCUAUACGAAAGAUCUCUGCAGCACCUGGACGACCCGGGACGGACUACGAUUACCGCCGUCAUCUUGAAAGUCUUUUCGCGAGACUCGUACUUCUGGGAGCUUUUAAACAACGACAUUACCCUCUUCGGCACUGCUGUUGAAUCUCUGUUAAGCUCACUGCAACUGGCAACGAACGUCACUGAGCCGAUCGAACUCAAAGAGCUCCUUAUCGAGGUCCAAGGCCAAAGCACAGCAGUAGAAAGGCAAGCCUCAUCGAUCACACUCGGUCUGGACAACCGCCUAAAAUUCCUCGAGAUGGGUCGAAGCCUCCAUGAAUCCGGACGCGUCCAGCUCUUAAGCUUGCUAGCCGUUGUAUUUCUGCCGCUUUCGCUGGCCUCAUCCAUACUCAGCAUGCAGACGAGGUUCGUCGACUUGCACUAUCUUCUUUACGACUUCUUCGGCGUGAUCUUCCUCCUCGGAACACUGACCUUUUUUCUCUUCGGCAUCCUUUUGCUUCUUCGCUGGGCUUACGGAACGCUGUACAACUUCAUGGAAUCCAUCACGCGAUCGAAUUUGUUUCGGGUGGUACCAGGGUUGUCAAGAAUUCGCCUGGGCAAGUAUGCUCCGCUCGUGGUUAUACUUCUAAUGUGGGUUCCAUGGGCGCUCAUCGUGGCGUCGUUCUUGGUCGGCAUGAACAACGAUGUUGGAUUGGGGCUUAGGAUUCUCGGAUAUGGCUUUGCUGGUAUUACGGUUCUCUUCUGGGGCCUCUUGCUGUUGGUUUGGCUCAUAUGA